CCGCGGUAACGGACGUGCCGUGUUUUAUUUUUACCGCGUUUUGUUUCCCUUUCGUUCUUUCCGUUUAUGAUUUGAAGCCAUCAUGUCGAAGGGCGACAGUGAACAGCAAAAUGGCUCCGGCGAAGAGUCCAAGACCAACCUCAUCAUAAACUACCUGCCACAGAGCAUGACCCAAGAGGAAAUACGAAGCCUGUUCUCGAGUAUCGGCGAAGUAGAGUCCUGCAAGCUGAUCCGGAACAAAGGAGCGGCCUUCCCGGACGCCUUGAACCACGCGCUACACGGCGGCGGACAGAGUCUUGGGUAUGCCUUUGUUAACUAUCACCGACCCGAAGACGCCGAGAAGGCUAUCGCCACCCUCAAUGGACUGCGGCUCCAGAACAAAACCAUUAAGGUCUCGUACGCCAGGCCAAGCAGCGAAGCCAUCAAAGGCGCCAAUCUCUACGUUUCCGGCCUCCCGAAGACAAUGACCCAAAUAGAGUUGGAGAGAUUAUUCAGUCCAUACGGUCGUAUUAUCACAUCUCGUAUACUCUGUGAGAAUUCAGGCGGACGUCCAUUCACCGGCGGCGAGCAGGGCCUGUCUAAGGGAGUCGGCUUCAUCAGGUUCGAUCAACGCGUCGAGGCCGAGAGAGCUAUCCAGGAGUUAAACGGAACGGUCCCGAAGGGAGCCACUGAACCUAUAACAGUGAAAUUCGCAAAUAAUCCAAGCAACAACGGAAAAGCGUUAGCACCGCUCGCAGCGUACCUUCCCGCAGCGCUUCGCUUCCCGGCGCCACUGGGAAGAUUCAGCUCAGGCAAGUCCCUACUCGCUAUAAAUAAAGGUCUACAGCGCUACAGCCCUCUUGCCGGCGAACUGCUCGGCGGGGUGCUACCAGGGGCGGUCGGCUCCGAGUGGUGUAUCUUUGUUUACAACCUAGCCCCGGAGACCGAGGAAAACGUCCUCUGGCAGCUGUUCGGGCCAUUCGGCGCCGUCCAGAGCGUGAAAGUGAUCCGCGACUUGCAGACCAACAAAUGCAAAGGUUACGGCUUCAUAACAAUGACGAAUUACGACGAAGCCGUGGUAGCCAUACAGUCCCUGAACGGCUAUACGCUCGGGAACAGAGUGCUCCAGGUCAGUUUUAAGACGAACAAGAUCAAGACGAUCUAAGUCGUCUGGACACGGCCUAGACGAUAGGACGGCACAGCAGGCGCGCACCCAUACAUACAACAUAGAAGAUAACACCGCCCGAAACAGACAUGUUCAUUGUGUCUUAUUAGACGACAAUUAGCGGCCAUUUUGUAAUUUAAUUGUAAAUUUUAUCGAUUCGCUCAUUGUACCUCUUUGUUCGACGUUCGCCAUUUCCAUCGCGUACAACUGGGUUAAGUGUCACGAAAAUCAAAAUGGCGGAAUGGAAAUGCGCAUGUACGGAUGAAAUGGCUGACGUUGAAUGGGAAUCGAGCACGCAAUAAUAAUAUAAGAGGAAGCAUCAAAUGCUCUUAAUACAACAACCAUACAUAUUAAAUAGUCAAUAACAAUGACAAUCAACUUCGCUUAUGAAAGGUUGUGGUUAUCGAGAAAUAGUUUUCGAUUAUAAAUUAAAUAAUUAGCAAUAAUAGCCUAAUGCUAUUCUCACAUUUUAGGAGAUCAUAUCUUACGAAGUUCAGCGGCCGGCUCGGCUCGAUUCGAUAAUGUUUGCCAAAUAUAUUGUCACUAUAAUCGCGUCCGUCGCUCGCGGGUCGCGGCUAAGUCUUAGCCCAAGACUAUCGGCUAUACAGCCAUCCGCGGUGAACGCGUCGAUCCAACUAUAAUAGAAUUAUUGUUAAAGAUUGGAAGAAUAUAUAUUAUCUAUACAUAUAUUUAAUUCAUAUAUUAAUCUAAUUAAGAAUGAAAACUAAUCAAAAACUGUGAUAGGUUUUGAUAAAAUUUUAAAAAAAUAAAUCUUGAAAGAUCACGGAUUGUCAGCCGACACGGUGCAAGCCGGUGGCGUACAUUGGUUACAUCAUACGAAUAUAUCGUACUUAUGAUAGGGACAUUAUUGUCGUAAUGGAAUUGCGAGUUUGGGAUGUACGACCACCGUUGGUAGGUAGGUUAGUUUUUGAGAAACAUUUUGGGGUGACUAGAGAUCGUAAUACGCUUAGGGCGGUGUCAAAAAUGGCACGCGCUAUCAAAGGAAGAUGGGAAAAAUCGAUUUAGCUUCCCUGGCCGGGCGAAGCGGAUAGCGGCGUCCCCCUCCCACCAUCCGCGCUAGAGCGAGACGGCGCUAGCCGGUGACAAGAAAGUUUGCGGAACAAUGGUGCAUACUAGUCUAAAGAUAUCGUAAAAUCGAUAUCUAAACAUAUGAUCGGUACCUGCUAUAUUAAUAAUGUAUGGAUGCGACCCUGCGUCUAUUCGAAGUAGGCUUUAAUUGUCUUAGUUUAAAUAAAGAAAAAAAAAAUGUAAAUAAAAUGUUGUUUAAAAAUAUACAUAUAAAAUAAAAUAGAAGACGCGUCGGAUGAAACACCCAACACAAAAUACCAUGAACCCAAAAGAAACAUCGAACUUGAAUAGAUAUAUUAUCGUGCCGUCCUAACGACCCUACGAUUUUUGUAAAAAAAAUAUAUACUUAAUAUAUGUAAAAAAAAACAGUUUUGUAAUAUUUCAGAUAUUAAUUAAAUAGGUACUCAUUACUAACCAAAGAUGGAGAUUAAAAUUUACAAGUAUUUAUAUAUUUAUUAUAAAUUAAAUGUAAAACGUGCAAUAACUGAUAGCCAGUAAUUUAAUGAAAAUAUAUUAAAUAAAUAACUCGAUGUGGCGUCGGUAGACAUGACGCGCGCCGCCUUCUUUACUAUUUAUUGUAACCUUCGUUUUACCGAGCGAGCCACUAUUUCGAUUACUUUAUCUAUUUAAUUACGAAAAAUAUUUAAAAAAAAAACGCUUAAUUUGACCCAGCUUUGCUUACAUUCCAAUUAAUUAUAAGUUAUUUAGUAUCGUUUAGAUGAAUUGUGAGGUUACCAUUUAUAUUUUCUGACAGAUGUCUUGUGUCAAUAUUUUAGCUUACGGUCGAUACACCGAGAGUGUAGCACAAGUUUUUUUUUUUUUGUAAACUUAUCGAUAAUUCUAUAAUUGUAGUAUCUUAGGUUAAUAUAGUUGUUGUUUUGUGCUGUUCGAAUUUUUCUCGGUCUUAGUGUAGGCGGGAAUUGUAACCAGUAAUGUUGACGAUUGUAACUUCAUUUUUUUUAAUCUAUAUGUUUAGGUAUACCGUCAUUUAUUUAGUGUAUGUGCAAUUUAAUGUAUCCUUUCGUAUGUAAUAGGUGUGCGUUUAACUUAUUUGAUAUGUUGUACCAAAAUCGGUACCGAAAUUGAUUUAUUUAUUAGAGAAAAUAUAUCGGGCGAUUUUAUUAUACAGAUAUUAUUUCGUCGUGCAAUCGGAACGUGUUUAUUUUCUAAAUUCAUUUAUAAUCUGUUUCGAUUUAUUUACUGUUUUCAUUGUCGUGUAAUUAACGUUUGAAACGAAACAAUAACACCAAAGUAUUGUAAACUCAUCGACUUUUUAGAUAAUAAUAAUGUUAAUGUGAAAGAAAAAAAAAUAAUCUAAAUAUUUUGGAGGGAAAUGUUGGUAUUUUGGUAAGAUGUGAAAAAAGUCACUUGGUUCUGAUAUUAGUAGAAUGUUUUGUGCAGUCACCGAGUUCUUUCGGUCAUAAAAUAAUAAUAAUAAAAAUAAUAACGAUAUUAAUAAAUUAUUAAUAGUGCUCAAUAGUGUAGCGUAGAAUAAAUGAAAAAAAUACUGGUGAAGCAAUAAUAAAAUAUUGUGAAUUUUUAACCGUUACACACAAGUAGGUAUGCUACAAUAUUAUAAUUAACUUAAUAUUUUUAUAUGUAUUUUAAAUAUACUAAUAUGAAAUUCAUAUCUACAUAGAUUUAAGCGGCGGACGUACAAAACGUUCUACUAAAUAUUGUGAUUGGGGCGUUUAUGACUAUCGACUUAACCAUAAAUAUGUUUAGAAAAAUUUAAGGCUGCUUGAAAGCAAUAAUCAUUUGAUACAUUGAACUUACGUGUUCCUUAAGGAAGUGACGGAAGCUACGUUCUGAAAUCGGUAGUCAUUAAUGCUUUGGAAUCGCAAUAUAUCUACAAGACUACUAAAAAUACAUUGGCUUGUAGGUAAAUAGUCGAAUUGACCCCGAUAAGUGACAAGGGAUAGCCAGACCUAUCAAUAGCGUAACAGCUAAUUUUUGAACGGUGUUUUGAUGCAUUUUUUAAAAAGUUAAAAAUUAUAUAAAAAAAAAUUAACAUAAUUAUUGGCAAUCCAGAAACAAUACUAAUACGCAUAGGCUAAUUGACAUUGAGGCUGUGAAAUUAGCAAAAUAAAAAUAAAAAUAAAAAAAUUACACGUGGUGAAUGAUCUUUAUUAAUAAAAGUAUGGUAAGGGAUACACAGAAUGAUAGAGUAAUUUUAUAAUAAUUCGUAAAGUGGAAUGCCCGCUCGUGUUUUCGCGCCUCUCAUUUGACAGUUCAAAGUUUGACGUCCGUGACACUCGCUUGACAUUUCUACUAUCAUUCUGUGGGAAUCGUGCAAUCACGUACACACAAGGUUAUGCCCAUAUGUAAUAAGUAAAUCAAUUGAUUAUUCCGACGAUAUUGUGUGACUGACUGUCCGAAUAUAUAUAGUAAUGGGUGAGGCAAAUAGCAUCGCAUUAAGCUUAAUUAUUGGAUUUGGGUGAUACGGAAUGGCCUAAGGUACAAUCAUAGCACAAACCACAAUGAUGGAUGCGCCCUACGCCAUUCCCAUAGUUAAGACACAAAAUGAAGAAAUGAAAUCUUCCAUAGUAAAUAAUGCGUACUUCCCCGUCUUUCGGACCCCUUUCUCUAGUAUAGCUUAGCGUACGCUCCUUAAUAGUUUUAUAAAGUAUAGCCGAUUCCAAGCUAAAUUUUUGCCUCCCUAUUUACAUUCAUUAUUUUUGUGAAAACAUACGACAGCGCUUCAAAACCGAGCCAGUUGAGACAGAUAUAUCUAUAAAAAUGCCUAAAGAUUUUUCACUUUUUUAAAAACACCUCAGUAGAAAUAGCACAGAUAAUAUAUAAAAAUGAAAUCGGUGCCGUAUGUGAUCGCAAAUAUCUUAUAGACAGUGAAAAAAUACCGGUGCGGAUUGAUUAUAAAAAGGAAAAAAAACGAUUUCCGAACGUAAUUUUCGUCUUAUCUCAGAGCUGAAGAUUGCAAUAAAUAUGUAAAUAGCUGGCAUCGGGGCUUCGGUCAACCGAAAGGUUUUGAAUUUAAUUAUAUUUAUAUAUAUAAACAUAUAUACAUAUAUAUGUGUGUAAAUCAUGUAAUAUCAUUUUCACUGUCUAUUAAUUAGGUUAUUUUCGGUGUUGAUUCCUCUUAAGUGCAUAACGGUUUUUUUCCCAUUCCUUUAGAAGAAUAACAAAAUAUUUAUAUAACAACGAAAUCAUAUGACAGAAUAAUUUAAACUGGCCUAAUAAGUCUAUGAAGGCGGUGGAAUGGGAAUCAUACCGUAGGAGUGCAAUGUAGUAUGUGAUACCUAUAAACCUAUAGUCCUAUAAACCUAUAGUCCGAUAGUCCAAACCGCUGACAAACGAAUCUCGAAACUUCCAUUAAGGCUAGCGUUAAUGCAGUGUAAGAUAAAUGUAAGUUUUAACAACUGAAUAUGUUAGCUCAUUUGAUACGAAUGAUCUUCCGAUUUCUAUGGAGUUUCUUUUCAUCUAUUUAAUGUAAGCUGUAGACGUCUAUGUUGAACGUAACAGAUUUAGUUGAUAUUGUGAAACGUGGUCAAAGAGGACACGUUGCUUAUCUUAUGCUAUAUAUGUAUAUAUAUAUUUAUUAUUGUGUACGUUUAAACGAUUACCUCUACUUCUUUAUAGCUUUUGUGAAAGAAUUUUUAUUUGCACAAGAUACAGUAGAACGGGUUUGUCUGGUCUGAGCCGUCUCUCCACACCGACGUGAUUGUUGCGGAGAUAUUGUAAUUAUUUUUUAUGAUAACAGCCGGUGUGGAGUGGCUUUAAUAUUUUCGUAUAAAAUAAUUUGUAAACCAUCCCAUCGAUGUUUAUUAGUGAAAUGUUAAAAUAAUAUAUCCCUUUUAUCCUAAUUGUCAAAAAACUCAGUGCCAGCUUCCCAAAAACUUUAUUCAUACUUUGUUCGGUUGGAUAUUGGAUGAGCUACAGCUCGAGAGCUUUACAGUUUUACAGCUUUACAGCUCCGCCGCCGUAUCUUUGCAAAACCAACAGAGUAAGUAUAAAGUAUAUUAGUCUAAAUGUUGUUCCCUAUAUUUUAAGAAUGCGGUUUUCCAAAUAUGCAUCCGCCGUGCGGUAUAAAAUGUAUUGCAUUUUGGAAAACAGCUUAUAAAUAAAUUAAUACCGUUAAUUUCGGUAUAGUCUUUUGAGAAUACUCAUACCUAAAAAUAAUCAUUAUUAACCAUAUAUUUACAUCUGUAGUGGUUAUUUGGCUGUUUUUAUGUAAUUUAUUCAUUAAUUAAUAUUUUCGCGUCAUUUAUGUGUCUAUAAUUAUUAAUUUAUUGGAAUUAAUUAUAAUUGAAUGAUAAUUAAUAAUAAUAAUGAUAAUGAUAUAAAAAAAAAAUAAUAAUGAAAAUUGUCACAUUCUCUUCACUUUAUACCAUAGUUUUACAAUACGAUAUUUAAUAUCCUCAAUGGUUGUAACUAUACAUUUCUUGUUCUAAAUAUAUAAAAAAAAAA